AUUCAUAGCUUGAUAACUCCUCCCUCCUCUUCCUGCUCUCAAACACAGACAGCUACACUCGGUCCUCUUAUUUCCUUGUUCCCUCCCCUUCAGAUGGACAGUUUGAAGGUGGGUGUAACCAACAUAACACAUGAUGAUUACAUCAGAGCUCAAACUAGUGUCGGUUCUCAGGAAGUGAAACUCAGACAGUCGUUGCUACUGAGAGGUGAAAUGGCGCAGAAAGGAGUUCAGCUGGACCAGGAAGCAAUCUCUUGUUCGAUCUGUCUGGAUCUACUGAAGGAUCCGGUGGCUAUUCCCUGUGGACACAGCUACUGCAUGAACUGUAUUAAAAGCUUCUGGGAUGGAGAGGAUGAGAAGAAGAUCUACAGCUGCCCUCAGUGUAGGCAGACCUUCACACCGAGGCCUGUCCUGCUGAAAAACACCAUGUUAGCAGUUUUAGUGGAGGAACUGAAGAAGACUGGACUCCAAGCUGCUCCUGCUGAUCACUGCUAUGCUGGACCUGAAGAUGUGGCCUGUGAUGUCUGCACUGGGAGGAAACUGAAAGCCUUCAAGUCCUGUCUGGUGUGUCUGGCCUCUUACUGUGAGAAACACCUCCAGCGUCAUUACGAUGUAGCUCCGUUAAAGAAACACAAGCUGGUGGAGCCCUCCAAGAAGCUCCAGGAGAACAUCUGCUCUCGUCACGACGAGGUGAUGAAGAUGUUCUGUCGUACUGAUCAGCAGUGUAUCUGUUAUCUCUGCUAUGUGGAUGAACAUAAAGGCCACGACACCGUCUCAGCUGCAGCAGAAAGGACCGAGAGGCAGAGAGAGCUGGAGGUGAGUCGACUCAACAUCCAGCAGAGGAUCCAGGACAGAGAGAAAGAUGUGAAGCUGCUCCAACAGGAGGUGGAGGCCGUCAAUCGCUCUGCUGAUAAAGCAGUGGAGGACAGUGAGAAGAUCUUCACCGAGCUGAUCCGUCUCAUGGAGAAAAGAAGCUGUGAUGUGAAGCAGCAGGUCAGAUCCCAGCAGAAAAGUGAAGUGAGUCGAGUCAAAGAGCUUCAGGAGAAGCUGGAGCAGGAGAUCACUGAGCUGAAGAGGAGAGACGCUGAGAUGAAGCUGCUGUCACACACAGAGGAUCACAACCAGUUUCUUCUUAACUACCCCUCACUGUCACCACUCACUGAAUCUACAUCCAGCAUCAAUAUCCGUCCUCUGAGCUACUUUGAGGACGUGACGGCGGCUGUGUCAGAAGUCAGAGAUAAACUACAGGACGUUCUGAGAGAGAAAUGGACAAACGUCUCACAGACUGUGACUGAAGUGGAUGUUUUACUGUCACAACCAGAGCCCAAGACCAGAGCUGGAUUCUUACAAUAUUCACGAGAAAUCACACUGGAUCCAAACACAGCAUACACACUGCUGUUAUUAUCUGAGGGGAACAGAAAAGCAACAGUUAUGAGACAACGACAGUCUUAUUCUAGUCACCCAGACAGAUUCACUGGAUAUGAACAGGUCCUGAGUAGAGAGAGUCUGACUGGACGUUGUUACUGGGAGGUGGAGAGGAGAGGGAGAGGAGUUUAUGUAGCAGUCGCAUACAAGAGUAUCAGGAGAGCAGGGGGGAAUGAACGUUACUUUGGAUACAAUGAUAAAUCUUGGGCGUUAGUUUGUUACCAAAACAGUUAUAUAUUUUUGUACAACAAUAUCCAAACCCCCGUCUCAGGUCCUCAGUCCUCCAGAGUAGGAGUGUACCUGGAUCACAGUGCAGGUAUUCUGUCCUUCUACAGCGUCUCUGAAACCAUGACUCUCCUCCACAGAGUCCAGACCACAUUCACUGAGCCUCUCUAUGCUGGACUUUGGCUUUAUGGUUAUGAUGUCACUGCUGAGUUGUGUAAACUGAAAAUGGCGCAGAAAGGAGUUCAGCUGGAGAGAGAGUCAUUCUCUUGUUCGAUCUGUCUGGAUCUACUGAAGGAUCCGGUGGCUACUUCCUGUGGACACAGCUACUGCAUGAACUGUAUUAAAAGCUUCUGGGAUGGAGAGGAUGAGAAGAAGAUCUACAGCUGCCCUCAGUGUAGGCAGACCUUCACACUGAGGCCUGUCCUGCUGAAAAACACCAUGUUAGCAGUUUUAGUGGAGGAACUGAAGAAGACUGGACUCCAAGCUGCUCCUGCUGAUCACUGCUAUGCUGGACCUGAAGAUGUGGCCUGUGAUGUCUGCACUGGGAGGAAACUGAAAGCCUUUAAGUCCUGUCUGGCGUGUCUGGCCUCUUACUGUGAGAAACACCUCCAGCCUCAUUAUGACUCAGCUCCGUUAAAGAAACACAAGCUGGUGGAGCCCUCCAUGAAGCUCCAGGAGAACAUCUGCUCUCGUCACGACGAGGUGAUGAAGAUGUUCUGUCGUACUGAUCAGCAGUGUAUCUGUUAUCUCUGCUCUGUGGAUGAACAUAAAGGCCACGACACCGUCUCAGCUGCAGCAGAAAGGACCGAGAGGCAGAGAGAGCUGGAGGUGAGUCGACUCAACAUCCAGCAGAGGAUCCAGGACAGAGAGAAAGAUGUGAAGCUGCUCCAACAGGAGGUGGAGGCCGUCAAUCGCUCUGCUGAUAAAGCAGUGGAGGACAGUGAGAAGAUCUUCACCGAGCUGAUCCGUCUCAUGGAGAAAAGAAGCUGUGAUGUGAAGCAGCAGGUCAGAUCCCAGCAGAAAAGUGAAGUGAGUCGAGUCAAAGAGCUUCAGGAGAAGCUGGAGCAGGAGAUCACUGAGCUGAAGAGGAGAGACGCUGAGAUGAAGCUGCUGUCACACACAGAGGAUCACAACCAGUUUCUACUCAACUACCACUCACUGUCACCACUCACUGAAUCUACAUCCAGCAUCAAUAUCCGUCCUCUGAGCUACUUUGAGGACGUGACGGCGGCUGUGUCAGAAGUCAGAGAUAAACUACAGGACGUUCUGAGAGAGAAAUGGACAAACGUCUCACAGACUGUGACUGAAGUGGAUGUUUUACUGUCACAACCAGAGCCCAAGACCAGAGCUGGGUUCUUAAAAUAUUCACGAGAAAUCACACUGGAUCCAAACACAGUAAACACACAGCUGUUAUUAUCUGAGGGGAACAGAAAAGCAACAUUUAUGAGACAACGACAGUCUUAUUCUAGUCACCCAGACAGAUUCACUGGAUAUGAACAGGUCCUGAGUAGAGAGAGUCUGACUGGACGUUGUUACUGGGAGGUGGAGAGGAGAGGGGGAGCAGUUUAUGUAGCAGUCGCAUACAAGAGUAUCAGCAGAGCAGGGGGGUCGAAUGAAUGUUUGUUUGGAUACAAUGAUAAAUCUUGGGCGUUAGUUUGUUACCAAAACAGUUAUAUAUUUUUGUACAACAAAGUCACAACCCCCGUCUCAGGUCCUCAGUCCUCCAGAGUAGGAGUGUACCUGGAUCACAGUGCAGGUAUUCUGUCCUUCUACAGCGUCUCUGAAACCAUGACUCUCCUCCACAGAGUCCAGACCACAUUCACUGAGCCUCUCUAUGCUGGACUUAGGCUUUAUGGUUAUGAUGUCACUGCUGAGUUGUGUAAACUGAAAUAGACAGAAGUCAUUUAAGGGUUAAAUUCAGUGUUUUAACUCUUAAACUUCUCUGGUGUCCAUCAUUGUUGCUGCAGAGCUGAUUUGUGUCUGGACCGCAGAGGACCAGCCCUACAAACACUAAAGUGUGUCACUGCCUGACUGACUGAGUGAUGAAGUUACAGGAUUCAUCAGCGACUGUUGCAGGUUCCUCAUUGGUUGUUGCUCUUUCUAAAUGAAAAGCUGGAGAACAGUUCAGUGUUUAUGUUUUCUGGGGAUUGUGUCAGCGGUUCAUUGAAUCAUUACAUCGUGCUGUUGUUGUGCAUGUGCUAUUGUUUAUAGUAGUUUAAG